UCGACUAGAUCCUCCAAAUCUUUCAAGGGAUUCGGCCUGCACGUGGUUGGUAGGAUAAGCUUCGUGACACGAUUGAAUGAUGAGCAAUAUUCCGAGGCACAGCGACGAUGAACAACACAGAUGCUCAAAGGUCCUCGUGGUCAGCGCUGUAACGAGAACAGUCGCGGUUGGGGUUGCGCAUGGCGGUCGAGGAAGUGAAAACUCCAAACUUGCCGGCUAAGAUACUCUAUGCAUCGUCCACGUGCUGAGCUCGUUCCUCUAUCUCCCCCUCUCCCACAACCACCAACAGCAACAAGGGAGUGGGAGUCUGUGAUCCGUGAUUUCACGUCGAAACAAUGCUAGAGUACUGCUCCAUAGCUCGGCCGUGACCUACAAGAAGGGUGGCAGGAGGAGGCAAGCAUCGAGCGAUAGUAGGCACAGCGACCGGGGGAAAAGCAAAUGAGCUCUUACGUCUUGUCAUCUGAUGUAGCACGGAGAGAGAGAGAGAGGACACCCACAGAUAAAAGGGCUUGGAUAAGCGAAAGCGUCUCUCUCGCGGCAGCAGCCGAAGUCAAGCGGCCCCCGGUAACUCUGCUGCCAUCCAUCCCCAUCUCUGCUCUCUUCUGCGCCCGCUGCGGUCGUUGCAGAAGAAGCUAAUGCACCAGCACCAGCAACACAGUUCCACCGAGAAAAGCGAGGCGAAAGUGAAGUGAUAACCCGAGACACAGCGUCCUCCCGCACCUCUCCCUCUCUCUCUCGCUCUCUCUCUCUCUCUCUCCUUUCCAUUUGAUUCAAGCAUUGACACGGAGCCAGCUGCUGUUCUGGAGCAGCAGCCGCAGCGACGACGACCGCAUCAAAACGACGCUGCGACAGCAACCGAGAGAGAUUAAAAAUGAGACGUAUCUAGUGAGGGAGACACAGAGAAAUAGAGAAAGAGAAGGUGAAGAAGAGGGAAGGAGUUAUGAAGGUCGGAGCUACAGAGGGUACGGAUCGCUUUUGACCCGCUUUCCAUUGGCAAAGCUUAUGCAUGGUUAGGGCGUCCAAGAAAGAGAAAGGGAGGAGGAGGAGAAGAAAAGCCAAAGCUUUUUGGUAUUUAGCUCUUAUAUUUAUCUACCUCGCCCUGAUGCUCUCUCUGUUCUUUUGCUCUGCUCUCGACUCGGCUGCUUCUGCUCGUCUCCCGCCUCCCACGCUUGUCUUCUUUAGGCACCUUUAGCGCCCCCUCUCAUGCGUCGCUUCACCAGGCCUGUGCUCUCAUUCCCUCCAUAAUCCUUGGCUUAACCCACAUCCCAUACUUGUCCCCUCUUCCCCUGAAUUUGGCUCCUCUCUUGCUUGGUUUCGCCUUCGGUACCUGGGCUUUUCGCUUCUUUGGGUUCGGAUAAAAUGGGGAUCGAUUUGAACACCAUAGAGGAGGAGGAAGAAGAGCCGGAGCAGCCGGCCUACCACGCCGCUUCGCCGCCCGCGGCGACACCGGUGGAUCGCGCGCUUCAGGUGACGCCGGUGUGCCUGGAGCUGUGGCACGCGUGCGCGGGGCCCCGGAUAUGGCUGCCCAAGAAGGGAAGCUUGGUGGUGUACUUCCCGCAGGGACAUAUCGAGCACUUUGGGGAGGACGGUGGUCGGAGAGGCGGAGUCUGCCGCCGCGAUGUGCCGCCUUAUGUGUUUUGCCUUGUGGUCGACGUCAAGCUUCAUGCUGAUGCGGCUACGGACGAGGUCUAUGCCCAGCUCUCUCUUCUUGCUGAAAGCGAGGAAUUUGAACUAAGAAUGAAGAAGGGUGAGGUUGAAGGAAACGAGGAAGAUGAGGAUGUCGAAUGUAUAAGCCGAUCCUCUGUUCCACACAUGUUCUGCAAAACCCUCACUGCCUCUGACACGAGCACCCAUGGAGGGUUUUCUGUGCCCCGCCGUGCCGCCGAGGACUGUUUCCCUCCCCUGGAUUAUAAGCUGCAGAGGCCUUCCCAAGAGCUUAUUGCAAAAGAUUUACAUGGCACAGAAUGGACGUUUAGACAUAUCUACAGAGGUCAACCACGUAGGCAUCUUCUUACAACUGGAUGGAGUGCAUUUGUGAAUAAGAAAAAGCUAAUCUCAGGAGAUGCAGUGCUCUUUCUUCGGGGUAAUGACGGGGAGCUUAGAUUGGGUGUUAGAAGAGCAGCUCAAUUUAAAAGCGGGAGUCCAGUUUCAGCACAUCCGAGUGGGAACAUGAAUCUAGCUACACUGACCAUCAUUGCUAAUUCCGUGUCCGCAAGAAAAGUCUUCCACAUCUAUUAUAACCCAAGGGCAACCUCAUCGAAGUUCAUAGUCCCAUACUGGAAAUUUUUAAAAAGCUUCAAUCAUCUCAUUUCCGUGGGAAUGAGGUUCAGAAUGAUUUAUGAGAGUGAUGAUGCCACGGAGAGAAGGUCCACAGGACUGAUAACUGGGAUCAGUGACAUAGACCCUAUAAGAUGGCCUCACUCCAAGUGGAGGUGUCUGUUGGUAAAUUGGGACAAUGAUGUAGAUGCUAAUCAACAAAAGAGGAUAUCUCCAUGGGAAAUUGAACCAAUUGGUCCUGUUAUAGGCUCUGGCAGCUCGACAACAGCAGGUCUCAAGAGGGCCAAAAUCACUCUUCCCUCUGUCAGUAUGGAUUUUCCAAUUCCAAAUGGAAAUGGGUGUCCAGACAUGAGGGAAUCUGCAAGCUUCCACGAGGUCUUGCAAGGUCAAGAAGUUACUAGACUCACACCUCCAAUUUGUGUCGGUGUGGCAGCCUCUCAUUUUUCUGAGAACUCAGGGAUUAAGGGGAAAUCUGCUGAUGCAAAUAACAGCAUCAUAGGUGAAUUUAUUCCAGGAAGUAGGGUCAGAAUCCCACAUGGAAAAUCUGACUUUUCCUUCAAUUGCACAGGCUUUAGUGAAUCUGUCGGAUUCCAGAAGGUCUUGCAAGGUCAAGAAGUUUUCUCAAAAGUUCCACCAUUCCUUGGAGCUGGAUCUGAUGCUCAUAGAAGAUAUGGUGUGUAUGGUCUGUUUGAUGGUCUUCACGCGUAUCAUACUCAAAGCAGAUUGCCUGCAGCAUCUCUUGGAUAUGUUACUCUUGUUCAACAGUCUUUGCCACCAAUCCAAGCAUUUCCACCGUCAUCAGUGCUAAUGUUUCAAGAAGCAAGUUCCAAAAAUUUGUUGUUUCAGCCUAUGCAUAGCAUGAAUUGUCAAGAUAGGGAUGAUAAUGUGUGCUACUCCGCCAAGUUAGAUGGAUCCAAAACCAAAACCUUGCAUAGAGAAGAGGCAAACUCUCCAUUUUGGCCUGCUACGGGUCGUCAUUUCACCAAUCAGCAACACAAAAUGGUAAAAGUCUAUGCUCCUGUCUUGGCUGGCAAGUCGGACUUGGAAAACGAUAAGAGUGCCAGCCGAAAGGGUUUCAGGCUUUUUGGUUUUUCCUUGACUGAAAAGAUUCCUGUAACGAAUUUAGUUGAUCCACCUCCGCCAGUCUCUCAAACUAAAACUGACGUCAAGGCUGAUAUUGCUUUCUCGACUUCAAUGCCUCAAAUGUGCCCUUUAUGCUGAUUGUGCAGCUCCACUUGAGGACUUCAUCACUUGACAAAAGCCGUGGUCUGCAUGCAUCUAAGUGAUAAGUGAUGUAGGAAGGUAUCCUGGGAGUUUGAUGGGAAUUAGGAUCUAAAAUUUGAGAUGUGCAGCUUAAUGACCUGGAAAAGAAUGCUUUGUUUCCUAUGAUAUUGAGGUCGACAAGGUGCAGUUUGGUAAUGAUCUUUGGCAUUUGUUUGGUACAAGUAGCACCACCUCUGCUGCAUGAUCUUUUGCUAUGGAACAUUUUGAAAUGUGGCUCCGAACUCUUGGUAAACAAUCAUGAAGCUGAAAAAAUCAUGGUUUGGCAACUGAUGGCUAAUCAAGGGUGUUGUAAUAUGCGUUGCGUCUUUACCAGCUAAUUAUGAAUUAAACUCUAGAAGACGUGGGCUAUGCUAGACUAUGAUCUCAAGUGUUGAUCUCUCUUUCUGAUGCACUUUCCAAUCAGCUACCUUUUUAACUUUUUCAAUGUCAUGUACUAUAUUCUGCUUCUUAUCAAACUACCAAGUAAUGUGCUUUAAUAUUGUUGGCAUGCCUUGUAGGCUUUCAAUUC